AAAGGACGGACGCCGUGUUCCUGGAAUGAGGGUGGCAGCGGCUCCGGCGGCAAAUUUAGUCGAAAGGUGGUCACCAUGGACGACCAAGGUUGUCCCCGGUGCAAGACCACCAAAUACAGGAACCCUUCCCUCAAGCUGAUGGUCAACGUUUGCGGACACACGCUUUGUGAAAGCUGCGUGGAGCUGCUGUUUGUUCGGGGAUCUGGGAAUUGCCAAGAGUGUGAUACCCCUUUGCGGAAGAGCAACUUCAGAGUACAACUCUUUGAGGAUCCAGCUGUUGACAAGGAGGUGGAAAUCCGUAAGAAGGUGCUGAAAAUAUACAAUAAAAGAGAGGAUGACUUCCCCAGCUUAGCAGAAUACAAUGAUUUCCUGGAAGAAGUGGAAGAAAUUGUAUUCAACCUCACCAACAAUGUGGAUGUAGAAAGCACAAGAAAGAAAAUGGAAAUAUACCAGAAAGAAAACAAAGAAGUUAUUCAUAAAAAUAAGAUCAAAUUGUCUCGAGAACAAGAGGAGCUGGAAGAGGCACUGGCGGUUGAACGGCAGGAGUAUGAACAGAGGCGGCUUCUUAUACAAAAGGAGGAACAAAUGCAACAGAUGUUGAAGAGGAAGAAUAAACAGGAACUUCUGGAUAAGUUGGAAAGUUCUCAUCUGCCAGCAUCUUUGUUAUUAGCCCAGCAUAAAGAUCGGUCUACACAGCUAGAAAUGCAACUGGAGAUUCCCAAACCUAUCAAACCAGUGGCAUUUUCAACAGGCAUCAAAAUGGGUCAGCAUAUUUCCUUAGUGCCUGUUCAAAAGAUUGAAGAAGUACUCUAUGACUAUAAGCCACUGCAUGUAGAGACAUAUGGGCCAUUGGUUCCAGAGGUGGAUUUGCUGGGAAAAUUAGGGUAUCUAAACCAUGUCCGAGCUGCUUCCCCACAGGAUCUUGCUGGUGGCUACACUUCCUCUCUUGCCUGUCAUCGAGCCCUUCAAGAAGCCUUCAGUGGGCUGUUUUGGCAUCCUGGCUAACUGGGGGGUAACAGACACCAAAGCAGAGCAAGCAAAACUCAGGUGAAAAUCGUUGCCGUCUGCACUAUGGCUAAACUGCAAUCAUCGAUCCUUUUUUUAAAAAAACAACAAAAGACAUCGUGAAGCCAGCUAUACUUAAGUAUUAAAAAUUCACUAAAUAGAAACUUUAUUUAGAAAAAGUGGUGGCGUGUAUGCAUUUUUAAAAACCUUUUCGGUGUUUGGGGAUGGGAAUGGGAGAUGCUUUAUGUCACUCUCCUGGGAUGUUAAUGGAAGAUGUGAGCAAUUGUUUCAUGUAUUUAAGGUUUCUGAAACAGACUAGUAAAAUUUUUAAAAAAUAAA